AUGGAAGAUUCGACGUUGACCUCACUGCCUGUGGAACUCAUUCUCAAGAUUUUUUCUACGCUAGACUGGAGAACGUUAUUGGUUUGCAGAGAGGUUUGCAGUUUCUUUCGGUCAAUAGUUGAAGGAGAUCAAGCUCAAUAUGAUAUCGAGCUUGCUGUGUCCGGAAUGAUGGAUGGCCCUCCGAGCCCACUUACCGCCUCAGAUCGGCUUGCACUUCUUAAGGAACGCAAUGCUGCAUGGGAGUCUCUGAGAUGGGUAGAAUCGAAGGAUAUAGUGAUGAUGCAGGGCGACAUCUGGGAGUUGUAUGGUGGCGUGUUUGCGCAAUCUAGCACGCCAGAUAUCCUCCACUUCCGUCGGCUGCCAUCAAAGUACAGAAACAUUGAAGAAAAAACAUGGCAUGUGGCACUGGACAUACAUGUUCGGGACUUCACCAUGGAUCCUGCGCAAGAUCUUCUAGUGCUCAUCGAGCAUUCCACCUUGCUCAUUCGGAUCCAUCUACGUUCCCUCACCACAGGAGACAGGCACAGAUCAGCGCCUCAACCAGCUAUUCUCGUUCAUGAUUUCGAUGUGCGGAACACUCACUCAGAACAUACAUUAAAAGUGUGCGGUAAUCUGCUGGGCACCUUAUUCAUGAGCCCUGGAGCUCCAUCACAACUUACCAUAUGGGACUGGACAACGGGCAGAGUCAUUUUGACUCGCUUAGGCCAUGAAAUAACGACGUUCGCUUUCCUCAACAGUCGCUUUUUGCUGGUGGGCGCUGGCAUUGAAUUCGAGACAUUAAACGCCCUGUGCCGCCUCUAUGUGCUCGAUAUGGGACAUUCGUCUAAUGAGACGAUUGGCCUUGCGGCGGACUAUUUUUGCGCGUUUUUGUGGCCCGAAUUCGAUAUGUGGACCACCCCGGGGGCGUUUUCAAUUCGCUCUGAUCCAUCGCCUGCCUGGCAGCCUAAUCCAGAGUCUCCGCUACCUUUCUCGAUGGCGCAUGGGGACAGGCUCUUCAUGAUUACAGCCUCCCUGCUGUCUGAUGCCCCUCCCGUCUAUUGCGAUCUGUUCGUUUCAGCUGGCACUUUUCUAUCCCAUAUUGAGGCUAUUCCUACGGGGAUUCGCCGGCCUGAUAUCCACUGGGACGAGUGGGGCCCCACAGGCACGCGCUUGAUGCGAUGCGACAGAGAAUCUUCCCCGUGGGUCUGCUCUAUCUUUGGGACCAAAUACGUGUCUCUCGUUGAGCCGACCCACAUGUUGCCGCAGACUUUGGAGUUACGGGAUUUCAACCAGCUCGCAAUGAAGCGAGAUGCCAAUGUUCAAGAUGUUAUUGCUGGUCAUGUAUGCAAUACAACGGUAAUCAACGACAACUUUGAGAACAAAGUCCAAACAAGUCUACCGUACCGGCUUACCCAGCGCACCCUGCCUCCACAACAUUGGUCGGAACCAUUUUUUAAUGCUGUCAUGUGCAGUGAAGACAGCGUUAUUUUAGUGGAUUCUACCCACCAACAUCUUCGCAUCCUCACUUUUUGAGCAAUGCAGAUCAUCGAAUCCGAAAGAGACCACGAUUUCUCUUACCACGCAUCGAGGCCGCGUGGGCCCUACAUUUCCAAUUGCGCGGCAACAGCCCUAACUAUAACCAUAACUACAAAUCCAAUAUGCUAGUCAUAUAAGCUAAAAUGAGAUAACACGAGAUUCUGACCAGUCGAGGAACCUGAUACAAAAGAAAAUUAAAUUAAAUCUG